AUGUCUAAAAUGCGCCAAUCGCCUCUGAACGUCUCAAGAAAAUUAUGUUUAGACAUUUCUACUUUUCUCUUACAAGACUGUAGAUAUGCAAGCAGCACCGUCCAAAACAUUUUCGAACAAAGGUCGGUAGCAGAGCUUGCGUAUAUACAACAACCGGGGCAGAUGCCACUGGAGAACAUGACGGUCGGCUGUCUGCUGGAAAGGGCGGCGGAACAAUGGCCCAACCGGGAUUUCGUGAUUUCUCUACACCAGAACGUACGACUGAGUUUCUCAGAGGUACUAAUGCGAGCGGACCGACUGGCUGCGGGACUUAUAAAAAUCGGUUUACGCCGAGGCGAUCACAUUGGCAUUUGGAGUCCAAACUAUUACCAAUGGAUUCUCUCAUACAUGGCAGGGGCAAGAGCGGGUUUGGUCAUUGCCGGUAUUAAUCCUAUGUUCUAUGAGAGCGAGUUUCAAUUCUGCGUGGAGAAAAUUGGAAUGAAGGCCAUUUUCGCUCCCGCGUCCCAUCGGAAUAAAAAGUAUGCGGAUAUAAUGCUGACGGUAAAGAAGCACUGUCCGUUCCUCGAGCACAUCAUCACAUUUGAUGAUGACCACGUAACAGGCACAAGGCGAUUACGCGACAUCGAGGAACUAGCGAACAAAAGAGAGAUCGAAGCGAUCAAAAAGGAGCAAUCCGCGAUCUCGAUGAACAGCGGAGUUAACAUUCAAUUUACAUCGGGAACAACGGGAAAGUCAAAGGCAGUUGUCCUGUCACACAGAUCGCUUGUGAAUAAUGCAAAGCAGGUAUCAUUAAGAAUUGACUUGAACAAUCGUAAAAUUUGUCUUAAUGUUCCCCUUUUCCAUGCUUUUGGUAUGGUUUCGGGUGUCACAGCUCCUAUGCACACGGGAAGUAUUAUUGUAUUAGAAAAUUUCACUUUUAAUCCUAUGACAUCCGUGAAUACAAUAAUACAAGAAAAAUGUGACGUAGCUUAUGCCACCCCAACAAUGUGGAUAAAUAUGAUUGACGUACAAAAUAAAUUGGGUCUAAAAAUUGCUUCUUUAUAUAAUGGAUUAAUUGGAGGAGCUCCUGUUUCUCCGAAUCUGUAUAAAAGAAUACGAAAAUACUUACAUUUGGAUAAAAUACAAUCGAUAUAUGGCUUAACCGAGGCUACAGGAAUUAUAUGUCAAUCUUACGAAAAUGAACCAACGGAGCUUACCGAUACAACUGUAGGGCAUGUUUCCGAUCACUUAGAAGUGAAAGUCGUUGAUAAAAAUGAUAAUAUUGUCCCAUUUGGAUCUUCUGGUGAACUUUGUGUAAGAGGUUAUAGUACGAUGAUAGGGUAUUGGAAUGAUGAAGAAAAUACGAAUAAAGUACUAUCAGAAGAUAAAUGGUUGAAAACUGGAGAUCAAUUUAUACUUUAUAAGAAUGGAUAUGGAUGUGUAAUCGGAAGGAUAAAAGAUAUGAUAAUUAGAGGAGGAGAAAAUAUUUUUCCCGUGGAAAUUGAAUCAUUUUAUGAAUCACAUCCUGCAAUAUGUGAGGUACAAGUUAUUGGUGUUUAUGACGAAAUUUAUGGAGAAGAGAUUUGCGCUUUCAUUAGAUUGCGCGCUGGUGCGAAGCUAACUAAUGAAGAUAUUAUUAAUUACGCAACAGGCAAAAUAGCUCAUUUUAAAAUUCCACGCUAUAUACAAUUUCGUAAUGAUUUCCCAAAGACAGCAAGUGGAAAAGUACAGAAAUUCAAGUUAAAAGAAGAAGUUGAGAAGCAAAAACUUGUGCCAAAGAAACCAGAAAAUUGAUUAUUUAUCAACUAAACAUAUAUUUUAUAUAAUUUUAGAAUGUUAUUUUUCAUUUUUCAAUAUUUAUCAAGUGAUUCACAUCUUCAUGUAGAUAAGUUUUCAAUGGCAAAAUAAAAAUAUUAAUUUAUAUUAUAA